AUGGAUCAGACUGAUAGCUACCUCCUAUCCGACGGCACCGUGGUCAAGUUCGACGACUCCCAGUUCCUAGUGUUCAUCAACCGGCUCCUAGCCUUCCUAGUGGCGCUGGGCCGGCUGCUGUGCACGCAGCAGCCGCUGGUGUCGGCGCCGCUGUACAAGUUCUCGUACUGCUCAGUGACUAACAUCAUCAGCGCGUGGUGUCAGUAUGAAGCGCUGAAGUACGUCAGCUUUCCUACUCAGGUACUAUCGAAGUCGUGUAAAGUGAUCCCUGUGAUGAUGAUGGGCAAGCUAAUAUCGCGCACCAAGUACGAGCUGUACGAGUACGUCACGGCCGUGAUGAUAUCAGUAGGAAUGGUGCUGUUUAUGUUUGGCAGCCAUGACGACUACUCGGUGUCAACAGUAACAACGAUGUCGGGGCUGACGCUCCUAGCGCUAUACAUGGUGUGUGACAGCUUCACGUCGUCAUGGCAGGGGGCGCUAUUCGCGCGCUACAGCUGCUCCGCGCUACAGAUGCUGUGCGGCGUGAACUUAUUCAGUUGCGCGCUUACUGCCGCCGCGCUAGCGCAUCAUACAACCACGCAACACUCGCUCACGCUGCUGCAGCAUCCUGUGUUCGCGAUGGAUUGCCUGCUUCUAUCUGUGAGCUCGGCGGUGGGACAGCUGCUCAUAUACCGGACGAUCGCCAGGUUCGGCGCCGUUGUUUUCACCAUCAUCAUGACACUGCGACAGGCGGUGUCGAUCCUCCUAUCGUGUGCCGUCUACGGUCACGUGGUAUCGCUGGGAGGAUUCGCGGGCGUUGCGCUGGUGUUCGCGGCGGCGUUAUUACGAGUCUACUGCCGACGACGGUUGCGUGCGCGCAGGCAAAGAGAAGUUCACGCAUAGCGGCGGGUUCGAGGUUCGGUGCCGGGUGGGUGCGGUUUAAUAAAAACAGGUCAGCGUGUAACGACAGUUUGAAAUUAACACGGAAAGGCUCCGUGUUCACCAUCAAUCCCUAAUUUUUAAGUGACCCCUAUGAAAACAAAAUUCAUAUUAUGUGUUACAAAACUAGCAUCAAUGUUUUUGCUACGUUUAUAAGCGCGCGUGCACAGGUGACUUUCAUAGUGACAGAAUGUUUCUCCAUAAAUAAGAAUAAGAUCUAUGUUGUCUCUUUUUGUAUUUAUGAAAGUGUAAAAAAGGAUUACUGUCACGGUGACAAAAAGUCACCUGUACGCGUUGUACGAAGUACAGGACGUCACAAACACAGUCGACAACACAUCAGACUGAAGUUUUGUUGCAAAAUGACAUCUAUUACAACUGCAUAAGAUGCCAUAAUGUUUAGCUUAAUGUGUCGUUGUCUGUACUUAAACUAGAUACGCGAUACGAUAGGAUUCAAUUAAAUAAUACUGCGACACCGUAUCGGCGUUGUGUCGUGCGUGUCACGUUGCGACGAUCAUGAAAUGAUGCUGCGUCGUAGCACAAAGUGACGUCGUAUCGUAUAAAGGUUCGGCCAAACCAACGCGA